AUGCCUUCAACUCAGGAAUCAACUCCGGGGAUCAAAAUAUUGAUGCUCCAUGGAUAUACACAGAAUGGGCCUCUGUUUCACGCCAAAACACGAGCUAUGGAAAAACACUUGCAGAAAGUCUUUCCUGGGGCUUCUCUGAGUUAUCCUACAGGUCCUCUACAUCUCAAGCCAAGUGAUGUACCAGGUUGGGACACAAGGACAAGCGAAGAUCCUGACAACACUGAGGCCUAUGGUUGGUGGCGCCGUUCAGACAUUUCCGAUCCGCCCGAAUAUGUUGGAUUGGAAAGGGGUUUGGAAUCGGUAGCCCGAAUUCUCGUGUCCGAAGGUCCCUUUGAUGGAGUCAUUGGGUUUUCUCAAGGCGCUGCGCUCGCCGCAAUGCUGGCCUCAUUACUUGAAGGAGAGUCCAGAAAGCAAGCAUUCCAAAAAGCACAGUCAUUAUCACCGCUGGCGAUCCCCUAUCCUUCAUCUUUCGAAGGAUUGAAUCAUUCACCCCUCAAAUUCUGUGCGGCAUAUUGUGGAUUUCGGGCACCUGGGGAGAGGUAUCGUGGAUUUUACGAAGACCCGCCUAUUCAGACGCCGGUGUGUCAUUUUAUUGGCAGUCUUGACACGGUGGUUGAUGAGACCAGAACACAAGCACUAGUAGAUGCUAGUGGUGGCGCAGAAAUGACUCAAGUGGUGACGCAUCCCGGGGGACAUUUUGUUCCGAGUGGUAAACAAUACCUUGACAUUGUUGCGGCAUUCAUCAAACAGAAAAUGGCGUCACAAGACGAGAAAAAUGAGCCGGAAGAGCGGGUCCUGGCCGUUGAUCUCCUCAACCCUACCCCUCAGGCUGAGGCCCGCAAACACAAACUCAAGACGCUCGUCCCGGCUCCUCGAUCCUUCUUCAUGGACGUCAAGUGUCCCGGCUGCUUCACAAUCACCACUGUUUUCUCCCAUGCUCAAACCGUCGUCAUCUGCGCAGGCUGCUCAACUGUACUUUGCCAACCCACCGGUGGCAAGGCCAGACUCACAGAGGGCUGCUCUUUCCGAAGAAAAUAA